UCUGAGCAGAUGGAAGCCCAGCCAUCCCCUGCUCUUGCAGUCAAGACCGUGGAGCGGGCGGAGGUCGACACAACCCGCCCGUUCCGUUCCGUUAAAGAAGCCGUUGCGAUAUUUGGCGAGCGUUUGCUAGCUACUGAUGCCUACUCUCAAAAGGCCACCGCAAUCAUUCCAAGGCCAACUUAUUCAGCUUCUCCUCCGAAACCCAUUUAUGCAAUUUCUGCUUCGAAGCCCCUUUACUCAGCGGCCUCUUCGCCCCGCUCCUUCUCUUCUUCUUCUUCGCAUUUCAACCAAGACAGAGAGGACGGAAUUAUAAUUCUGAACUCUAUCAGGAAAUUAGAGGCUGAGCUAGAGGAGACGAGGCAAGAGGUGAUUUUGCUGAAGGAACGGGAGUCAGAAAGAGAAAUAGCAGUGGCUUCUCUUAAUGCUGAGCUUCAUAAGAGCAUGUCGAAACUGGCUGAGAUCGAGGCAGCAAAGCAGAGGCUGGCCAUAGAAGAUCGGUCUUCAUUUGUAAAGAGCGAACGUUGGGGAGAGAGCAAUAAGUUCGAGUAUCUGCCUUCAUUAGCCGAGGCUCUGAGCAUUGGAGAUAUGGAGGAUAGUUUCGGAGGGAGAAGGAAACCGAAGAUAUCGAAGAAGAAGCCCAUCGUUCCUCUUAUCGGGGAUUUGUUCUCGAAGAAGAAGAAGGUUUCUGGUGAUUUUGAUGACUCUCUCUGUACCCGCCCCUUUUAUGGUACUUUAACAUGAUGCUUGAACUAAAUGAAUGUAGAGAAUGAGUGCUUGUUAUGUGCUUGUUUCAUGUGUGCCAAUAAUGAAGUGAAAUGUGCUCUUUUCCCCCUCAGUUAAAUUUGUAUGGGAGACUUAAAUUGAAAGAUUAUGUUAUCAGUAUUUAUAUGUA